GGUGUGGGCCGAAACAACUUAAGAACAAUCUCUGCCCCGCAAGCCCACCCAGAGCUGCCGGGUACGUGUCUGAAACAGCCAUAGCCAGUGUCUCCCGAAGCUCAGCAGACACCAGCAGCUGCCUUCACCAUGGACAGCAUAAGCACAGCCAUGUUACUCCUGCCCCUGGCUCUCAUCUGUCUGCUCCUGACCCUCAGCUCAAGAGACAAGGGGAAGCUGCCUCCAGGACCCAGACCCCUCCCACUCCUGGGAAACCUGCUGCUGCUUUGCUCCCGAGACAUGCUGACUUCUCUCACUGAGCUGAGCAAGGAGUAUGGCUCCAUGUACACCGUGUACCUGGGGUCCAGGCGGGUGGUGGUCCUCAGCGGGCUCCAAGCCGUGAAGGAAGCGCUGGCGGACCAGGGAGAGGAGUUUAGUGGCCGCAGUGACCAUCCUGUCUUUUUCUUCUUUACCAAGGGCAACGGUAUCGCCUUCUGCAAUGGGGAUCGAUGGAAGAUCCUCAGACACUUCUCUAUCCAGGUUCUACGAAGUUUCGGGAUGGAGAAGGCAAGCAUCGAGGAGCGGAUCCUAGGGGGAGGCAGCUUCCUGCUGGCGGAGCUGCGGAAAACUGACGGCGAGCCCUUCAACCACACCUUUGUGCUGAGUCGCUCAGUGUGCAACAUUAUCUGUUCCGUGCUCUUCGGCAGCCGCUUCGAUUAUGAAGAUGACCGUCUGCUCACCAUUGUCUGCCUUAUCAAUGACAACCUCCAACUCAUGAGCAGCCCCUGGGACGAGUUGUACAACAUCUUCCCGAGCCUCCUGGACUGGGUGUCCGGGCCGCACCGACGCAUCUUCCAGAACUUCAAGUGCCUGAGAGACCUCAUUGCCCACAGCGUCCACGACCACCAGGCCUCGCUAGACCCCAGAUCUCCCCGGGACUUCAUCGACUGCUUUCUCACCAAGAUGACAGAGGAGGAGGAGGACCCGCAGAGCCACUUUCACAUGGACACCCUGCUGAUGACUACACAUAACCUGCUCUUUGGUGGCCCCGAGACGGUGGGCACCACACUGCGCCACGCCUUCCUGGCACUCAUGAAGUACCCCAAAGUUCAAGCCCGCGUGCAGGAGGAGAUCGACCUCGUGGUGGGACGCGCGCGGCUUCCGGCGCUGGAGGACCGCGCGGCCAUGCCUUACACCGACGCAGUCAUCCACGAGGUGCAGCGCUUUGCAGACAGCAUCCCCGUGAACUUACCACACCGCGUCACUCGGGACACCGCCUUUCGCGGCUUCCUGAUACCCGAGGGUACCGACGUCAUCACCCUCCUUAACACCGUCCACCACAACCCCAGCCAGAUCUUGACGCCCCAGGAGUUUAACCUCGAGCGUUUUCUCGGUGCCAAUCAGUCCUUCAAGAAGAGCCCAGCCUUCAUGCCCUUCUCAGCUGGGCGCCGUCUGUGCCUGGGCGAAUCGCUGGCGCGCAAGCUCUUUCUAUUUCUCACCGCCAUCCUGCAGAGCUUCUCGCUGCAGCCGCUGGGUGCACCCGAGGACAUCGACCUGACCCCGCUCAGCUCAGGUCUCGGCAAUUUGCUGCGGCCUUUCCAGCUGUGCCUGCGCGCGCGCUGACGCCCCGGCCCUUCCAGAUUCCCCUGUGAGCGAUGAGGCCCGCCCUUGUGGGUUGCUCUGUCCCUCUUCUGGGUCCCCGAUCUGCCCGCAUCCCUCUCGCAGUCACGCUUUCUUCCCUGCACCGCUGUGCCUGCCGCGUGCCCAUUCCCCAUCCCUCUAAACUGUACCCGGUCUGCAGGGCAGAGGCAGAUGUGGGGGUGGGGUAUGUCUUUUUGUACCCACAGAGCUUGUUCUAUGGAACGCCCUUUUCUGAGCUUUUUGUGUCAUUUCUUAGUACAUUUCUAAUAGAUUCGAAUCAGCCUUGGCAGAAUUAAAGGGACGACGACCAUCAUUUAGGAUG